AUAUAGUCUUGGUUAUAGUAACUCUUUUAUAAAAGCAAUUAUGUGCCAAUUUCAAAUACAGAAUGACGCUAACGCUUAUUAUUUAUGAUAUAAACAUAGACCUUCCAUUGAAUUGUUAUUAUUUUUACAAAGUAUAUUACAAUGGAGAAACAAAAAACUUCUUCAUCGAAAAUGCGAAGCUCUAAACAAGUGACGAACUUGAAAGAAGAAAAAAUAGGUGAUUUGGCUGCUAAAAUAGAAGAGACCGAUGAAAUGAAGUUGAAAAUGUUAGCAGCAUUAGAACAACCCGAUUCUGAUGAUAUAUUAUAUCCCCCAGAAUUAAAUGCACAUUUAAUAGAACAAUUAAAGGUGAUGACAUGUGAAAACAAUGAGCUGCGCAAAUGCGUGUUUACGAAAGAUCAAGAGAUCAAAGAAUUAAACAAAACCAUCAGCGACUUAAACCAAAGGAUUCGCGAUAUCAUUUCGGGCACAGGACCUGCGAUAUCAUCUAAAUCUGCUGGAAUAAUCAGUGCAAAAAUAACAGAACUUUGUAAGCAAAAUCGACACUUGGUCGCAGAAGUUGAGGGCUAUAAAACUAAAAAUUCUGCGUUGGAAAGAAAGGUUAUGCAACUAGAUAUAAUAAAUAAAGAAAAUGAGAAGUUAGACGCGUGUUUAUGUAAGGACGAUCCAACUGAAGCAAGUCCUGAUGAACUUAAAGAACUUAACAAUAAACUGGCAGCUAUAAACAAAAAACUUUACGAAAGUAAAAAUAGGAACUUGGAGUUAAAAAAUGAUAUACUGAUAGCAACAAAGAUACUCCAACAAGAACUCGGGGAUAAGUUCACGAGUAUCAAAGAGUUGCAAAAUGAUCUUGCUGGGUGGAAAGGGAGGGCUCAGCAAAUUCUCUUAUUACAAGCACGAGUCAGCGAGUUAGAAGAUAAACUAAACGGAAAGCACAAAGAUCUUAUUGAGGCGAAGCGAAAGGAUCAGAGUCAGAUAAUAAGAGAAAUUGAAAUGAAAAGAAAGAAAGAAGCCGACCAAGCAAUAAAAGAACUUGAGUCAUUGCGAGCUGAAAACCAGGAGUUGAAGAAAAAACUGGACGGCGCGAAGUGCAGGAUCAAGAAUUUGGAAUGCGACGCCACGCUUAUCAGGCAGAAGAUGCAGACAUUCCUAGAGAAGAGCAACCAUGAUGACAUGCUGAUCAAUGAACAAAGAAAUCAAAUAAAGAGCUCUGAACUAUACUAUCAAGAGAUUUUGAAAGAGAACACUACGAAGAUGAACAAGAUGAAUAGUGAAAUGGGCGAAUAUCAAAAACUUAUCAAAAAUACCGAUGCAAAAAUCGACGCGCUAAGGAAACAGGCUAACGAAAAGUCUGCGAAAAUUGAAGAACUCAGAGCGCAGCUGCUUCGAUAUGAAGAAUGCUCAUUGCAAAGCGUAUUCUUUACUCCAAUGAAAACUGCUACUGAUAAUGAAAUAAAACAACUUUCUGAACUCGUCGUAACUCUAAAUGAUAGAUUAGAUUCCGAGAGACACAAAUGGGACGAACUAGAGGUAUCUCACAGGAAGAUUAAAGAAAAAAAGCGGAGGCUGGAAAGGAAGGUGCUUAACCUCGAAGACGAAUUAAAAUUAUUUAAGGAGUCGAAACGUGGAUCGAGGGUUUCCAAAACUUCUGUCCAAAAAGACACGGUGAUUGAUAUGUUUGGGACCACAUCUGUAACAAAGAAACAAUCGUCUAUCACCGCUGUAGUGGAAAAACCAAGCGAAAGUUCUUCAUCAGAAUCUCAGCCUGUAGAAGGAUAUGAAAACUUGGAUAAAGACGAUUUGAAAUUUAAAUUGGAAUUAGCGGAUGAAAAGUUAAAAAUCAUGGAGGAUAAAUUAAAAAUGAUAGAAGAGGAAAAGCAAGAUGAUUAUAAACAUCUCACCGACAUGAUUCAGACUUCAAAGCAACUAUUCAAUGAGGCACUGGCGGUGUUGCAAAGAGAAAAGUGUCUGUGCUCGUAGUUUAUUUUUCGAAUAAAAUUUAUUUAGAUUA